GCGGCAGGCGACUGGUAUGGAAACAGCGCACAGUCCGCACACACCAUCGGAGAGCAGAGCGGGGUACAGUUUCGACGUGCCUCAAGAGCUCAUCGCCAAGUUGGCCAACAAAAUCAAGUUAAACGAGAUGGUGGAUGUCCCGGGAAUGGGUCAGAAGUCUGUUAAAGAUUUGCUGUCCAUGCUGCCAGCCAAUCCCGAUCAAGCGAAAAUCGAACGCAGUCUGUUGCCAGAAUUAUCCACUGGAGAGUCCAAGCAUUCCAUGUUAACCGGACUACCCGCCGCCGAUGUUUUGACCUAUUUUGGAGUCCUCCGCUACAAUGUUCGGUCCCUGUUCGAUGGGAUAUUCAGCCCCAACCCACGGAUCGGCUAGGCGCUCUAUGCACACGGACCGCGCUCGAUGACGCCUGUGUGCUGGGACAUCAAUGUGGUGGUGAACUACCAAGCGCGAC